AUGGUAUCUUUAAAGAAAUCAACAGGCAAUUUAGAAUUUCCAGAGUUCAUGAGCCUUUUUGUCUAUGACCUACAAUGGUUUCUGAGGGAGAAGGUUAAAGUCAAUGGAAAAACUGGAAACCUUGGGAAUGUUGUUCACAUUGAACGUUUCAAGAAUAAGAUCACAGUCGUUUCCGAGAAACAGUUCUCAAAAAGGUAUUUGAAAUAUCUUACCAAGAAGUAUCUUAAAAAGAAUAAUCUUCGUGACUGGCUUCGCGUGGUUGCAUCUGACAAAGAGACUUACGAACUCCAAUACUUCCAGAUUAGUCAAGAUGAAGAUGGAUCAGAGUCUGAGAACUAG